CUAAGCAAAGCUCAGCGAUGGGAAGGACUACGAACUUAUAUGGGAUAGCUCUUUAAGACUUACUCUCCUCUCUGAGGCCUCUUUCUCUCUCAUGCUCGGAGUGGCUUUGAUCUUUCCUUAACAACAGUAACGUCAUUGCUUAGUACAGAACUAAAGGGGAGUUCUGUUGAGGACUGCGAAGUUUUGGAGCCGCCAGAGGGCUUGAGCAGCAGCAGCAGCAGCAACAGCAACAGCGAAACAGCAUCCAAGAAACUUGCUCAGCGCUCCGUCUGAAUCCUUCGAAAGUCCAAAGCUUAAAAAAGUGCAGAGACAUGGAACACCAGCUGCUGUGUUGUGAAGUAGAGACCAUCAGGAGAGCUUACCAAGAUGUCAACCUCCUUAAUGACAGAGUGCUACAGACAAUGCUAAAAGCUGAAGAGAACUAUCUUCCUUCUGCAAACUACUUCAAAUGUGUUCAGAAAGAAAUUGUGCCUUAUAUGAGGAAAAUUGUUGCCACAUGGAUGCUUGAGGUCUGCGAAGAGCAGAAAUGCGAAGAGGAGGUGUUUCCUUUGGCUAUGAAUUAUCUGGACAGAUUUUUGUCGGUGGAACCCACUAAGAAAACCAGAUUACAAUUACUGGGAGCUACGUGUAUGUUUUUGGCUUCAAAAAUGAAGGAAACCAUUCCGCUAACUGCAGAGAAAUUGUGCAUUUACACCGACAAUUCAAUCAGACCCAGCGAGUUAUUGCAAAUGGAACUACUGGUGUUAAAUAAGCUGAAAUGGGAUCUUGCUUCAGUGACGCCUCAUGAUUUCAUUGAACAUUUCCUUUCCAAACUGCCCAUCCACAUGGACACCAAGCAAAUUCUUCGCAAACACGCGCAGACUUUUGUGGCUCUUUGUGCAACAGAUGUCAAAUUUAUUGCCAAUCCACCCUCGAUGGUCGCAGCUGGAAGUGUGGCGGCGGCAGUUCAGGGUCUUCACCUCAAGAGUCUGGACAUGAUGCUAUCGUCUCAGAACCUCACAGACUUCCUAUCGCAAGUCAUCAAGAGCGAUCCGGAUUGUUUGAGGGCCUGCCAGGAGCAGAUUGAAAUGCUUCUUGAGACAAGCCUGCGACAGGCACAGCAGCACAGCAUCUCUUCAGAAACAAAGACUGUGGAGGAAGAAGUGGACCUCUCUUGCACACCAACGGAUGUGCGAGAUGUGAACAUUUGACUGGACUAUCCAUGGAGUUUGCCAUGGCAACAUGACAAAGAGGCUUUCGGGAAGGACAUGUUGGCCUACCAUCCCUACACACACAAAAAAAAGUAACGCAGCAAAAUAUCUUCAGGAUGACGAAUGCAAAAGAAGGGAUCAAUGCUUCGAUUCUUUUGAAUAUCUCCACCUUUUCUUCCCUUCAGCCUGUGGCAGAAAAAUACAGAAAAUUCUGAAAAUUUCCAAAAUACUAAAAAAAAUAAAACUUUCUUUAUAAAAAAAGAAAAAAAAAGUAGUAUAUGCGUAACUUACAAGGUUAUGCCACAAAAAAUAGACAUUUAUACAAGACAAUAAUCAACUAGUUUGUAUACAAGAAAGUGUGCCUACAAUCUUAUACAAACAAGUAGGUAUAAAAAUGGAAUUGUCUCCAGGAGAGGUGUCCAGUUUCAUUUUGUUUAAAGUGUGAGAAACCAUUUUUAAAGUAGAAGAGGUUUUUUGUUUUGUUUUCUUGUUUAUUUAGAUAGUACAAUUUAUAAUUUCCUUACAGAUUUAGCUUCAUUGCAGUCUAGGCAUCUCUGUGUCUGCUUGCUUUCACCUUUAGUCACUUUAUUAUAAUUUUGUCUCGUCUUCUUUUUUUAAAAAAUCAGUUCUUUAGAGCUUAUCCUCUUCUCCUUUUAAAUGGUUAAUGUAACCCUAUAGUGUAUUUUGUUUUAGCAUACAUUAUAAUAUGUUAUUCUUUAGAAGUCUGUGGAUUGCCUGAGCUUUUGGCUUCUGAAGUGCAUCCCUUAAUACUGCCCGAUUAAGUCCAAUUAACUGCUCAUGAAUAUAUUUGUGGGUAUGCAGAUGGGCAGAAGAGCUAUAUUUUGUCAUCAGCAACUUAAACAUUUCUGCAGUUAGCUGUGUAUUAAUAAGCUGAUUUAACUAAAAUCCUUGUCAAGCCCCUAGUGCAAUCCACAGUAGUUUUAUGAUUAUUCUGUCUUAUUUGUUUUCUAAAACCAUUCCAUUUAAAAGCACUUUCAGUCAAUUACAGAUUACUGACUCUUAGGAAAACCAUGUGGGACAUUAUGACAAAAUGGAAUGGUUUAGGAAUAUUGGAAGGCUUGUCUCUGCAAUGCAAAACAAGUCUGUUUAACUAUGGUGUUAUUUGAAAAGGAAAGGAUUUCUUCAACAUGGUGUUUUGGUGAAUUUUUGCCUAACUAUAGUGCUGAUGUCACGGCUUUUUAUUUUUCCCAGUAAAAAAUGAUGCUGGUGUAAGUAUGAUGCCAUCCUCUUAAGUAGGGUCUAUAAGGUGUACAUUAUAUGAACACCUGAAGAGAUAAGUUAACAUUGUAUUGUUUAUUGCUUUGUCUGCAUCUGAAACAUUUUAAACACUAAAAAUCUAAUUUAUAGCUAUAUUAAAAUUAAGGACUAUUUAUUGCAAAAAUAUUAUUUCUUGAGGCCAGUAUGGAUUAUGAAAUAAUUGCUUAGUCUUUUACGAAUAUUUAAACCUGCUAAAGUGCAUGAUUGCUAACAAACUGGUGUUUGUCACUAUCUGUUCAAGGCAAAAGCUCAGCCCACAAGUCUGUAGGCCCUACUUAUGAUGUUGAUGUACAAGAAGAAACACCAUAGUUAAAACAGUGGUAGAAUUGGUGUACUUGAAAAAGAAAGAAAAAAGUAUCGUUCCAAUGUGUUUCCCAACAUUUGACAUAAAUUUAGAGGCUAGUAGAAGAUUUGCACAACAUGGAGAUGUAUUUCUAGAAAGAAGUGGAGGAAGAAGCUGGAGGAAACAAUUGAAGUGUCUGUAUGAGGGAAAUGAGAUGGUAUGAUGUAAGUGAAUAACUGCCGAUCUAAGGUGUUGAUUGUACAAUGAGAAAAACUAAAACGGAGUCGACACUCCUUUUUUAUUGAGCUGCUAUGCUAUGGAAAAAUUCCCAGCAAAAGUAUGAAAACUUAAAAAAAAUAUAGACAAAAAAACGAUGCUUUUUUUCUCUUAUCUUAAGUGUUUGCUGCUAUUUUGUGGAUCAUUUUUAUUACAAUGUCAAUAUACUGCCAUGUAAUAGUUUUUAAUUUUCUCAUAGAAAAUUAUGAUAUUAUUGACAUCUUGUUUGUUUUUGUAGUUUUUUAUGUGAUCAGUUUUUACUUAAUGUGAUUUCUGCGCUAUUCCAAAAAAAAUGAAAAAAAGAAAAAAAAGACAAAGGUUCCUGUUCCAUAAUACCUCAUGCUGCAGUCAAGAUUUAUUGUGAUUAGUCCAGGUUUUUACAGGUUUUUAUUAUUCAGUGCCUAAUAGCUCUGUUGUAAACUGCAAAUCAAAAUGCAUUUAUCAUUAUCCAAAUGGGUCCUGCAGUGUGCAAGUAGAUAGCAUUAAAUGAACUGGUGCCAUAUCGAACCUGAUUAUAUAACUCUUUGAGUUUUAAGCUGUUUCAUUAAAAGAGACUGUAUUCCCCCUAUUAGGCCAUUAAUGGCCCAAUUUUAUAUAUUUAUAAAGCUUUUGUACAAAUUUUAAAGCAGAUAUGAUGGACGUUUGUAAUUGUCAUGUCUACUUUAUAAAGCCAUAGUGUGUUUACUGGUAGUAAUUUAACACAGUGUUGAUUAAAAUGUAUCUGAUGUCUUCAGCAUGAGUGGCCAGAGACUCUGCAUUUUUUAAUCGCGUGUAUUUACUGCACAAUAAAUUUUAAGUAGAUAUGAUUUGAGAUCACAGGUUUUCUACCUAUUUUAUUAGAAGAAUUAAACUAUUUUUUGAGA